AUGGGCAAACACAAGAAGCCAAAUUCUUCUGACCCUGAUGUUCAACAUGAGCCCCACCAUUCUGAACGAAGUAACCGAGGGCAAGGUGGCCACAUUGGCCAGCUUCAAAAGCUGGAAAGCACUCAAACGGAGACACACCAAUGGGUGAAGAAAAAUCCUGCUCAGGAUGCACUUAAGAAUGAGGAUGAUUUAGAGGCUGGGCAUGCUCAUGAUGAAGGCCUCAGUGUGCGCUCUUCAUCUGCAGAUGAUGAAGAUGAUUGUAAUGUUCCUUUCCCUUCCCUAGAUGACAGUGAUAUGCAUUCCCCUCCCCAAGUUUCUGACGAUUUUGGUGCGAAGAAACAGAGACACGCUCAACCCAUCCCUCUAUCUAAACCUACAUGCACCAUCUUCUUAAACGACAUUGAUAUCCAACCCUCUUCCCAAGUUCCUAACAGGUUCCAUUCGAAGAACUUCAAGAAACACACUCAUCCUAUCACUCCAUCCGCAGAUAAUAACAGUAUACAGAGACAUCACCCUAUCGUCAGCCCCUCCAGAUCUAUGAACAGCGAUAUUCCAUCCCAUCCACAUCGAGUUCCUAAGCCAGCCAGCAACUCUAUUGCCUUGGAUACUGUCCAUGAUGUUCUCCAGGAGCAUUGUGCAAAGAACUGGUGCCAUCGUCCACCUGAUCCAAGGACACUUCAGAAAUCUGUCGCACUUGGAGCAACUGCGCUCGCUGCAGCCAUUGAUGAGUACAAGACCGGUAUCUACAAACCAAUGAAAUUUGUCUCUGAGUUGUAUCAGCCCAUUUAUGACAGUGUCAUGCAACUCUACGAUGAUGUCAAGCUUGACCCUUAUCAUUCGAAGAAAUGUCGAGCAGUUCUAUCUAUAAAUGUUGAAAGGUCGCGCGUUGCCUAG